UCGAUGUAUGUCACGGUAACACGUCUGCUAAGGAACUGUCAUGCAAUGUUUGUUAGUAGUUUGAUUUUUAUAACAACCGGGUAUUGAAUGAGAAAUAGAUACGACGAAAUAUUCUAAUUGUCGGACGAAAAGUAGUGCAAAAAUGGUAUUAAUUGAAGAGGUGCUCACGGAGCUCGGGUGGGACGAUGGAUUUCGUGUGCCUGUCGCUAAUGCGGAAAAUAAAAAACUCGAAGAGGAGAUUGAGAAGAGAACGAAGUAUAAAAGUAGUUUGAGCUUGGAGCUGGAGACAAUGACUCGUCGGAUUGAUUCCAUGAAGAAUCAUGCCACAACUAUUGCCAAGGAGCACGAACAAAAUCAAAAACUGCUUAACGCACACUCGAUGCAGCUGGAUAGUGAAGAUCAUUUGUUCAGGCUUUGCAACAGUACCAGUUCAAAACUUGGCCAGGAGGUGCGAGAGUUUGAAAAGGAACAGCGUGAUAUCGCUCACAGAAUUGAGCUAAGAAAUGAUGAGCUCCGCAAACUCGUAGAAAAGAUUGAAAUUCUCAAACGGGAAGCUAAAUUUGACAAGGAUCAGUUGCUACAGUGGGAAGAAGCCUUGCAAAGGGGUGAAGAAGACAAUAAGAUGAUCGAGAUGUACAUGAAAACUGACAGUAAGAAAUUUAAGGAACUUGAAUUAAAACGGCAAAAGCUACGACUGCAGGUCGAAGGUUGUCGCUCGUCGAUUAUUACGGUGGUGAAUGCUGUGUUUGAAAUGGAAAACGUUCUUGACAAAACUGCCAGGCUCUACAGUGGGGCUUUGAAGGAACGUCAGCAGCUCAUCGAUCAGUGGACACAUAGUGUGCUUGUACUUAAACAGAGAGACAGCGAGAUUCACAAGGCUCUGAGGGAGAUCGACAAGUUACGCGAACUCGGAAAAGAAAAACUGGAGGUUUUACAAGAGGCAGAAAAAUUUCUGGAUAAUCAAAUAAGUAAUAACAAACAGCUCGAAGAGUAUGUCAGGCAGUUGGAAAAAAAACUCGUGACAACUAAAGAUGAGCGUUUAAAACUUUUGGAGACGUUUGAUGCGUAUACAACAGAACUUCACAUCUGCAAAAAGACACUUGCCAACAUGGCCCAGCAGGUGCAAAAUAUAAGAGCGAAAAGAAAACGAGUGAAAGAUGAGGUGGAAAACCGAAAUGUUAAGUUGGAAGAAUGGAGAAAGCAGAUACAAGAGCUGAAGGAAACUUAUGAAGACAUAAACAAUCGGGGAACAAAUAUUGCAGAGCGAACCAAACAGCUCGAGAACAUGAUAGAGAAAGAAGAAAAGUUUCAAAGUCUAAUCAUAAAGGAGGUUAAUCGCUUUCAAGGAUUAAGUUUACGAACCACCAGUCGAAUAGCGGAGCUUGAGAAUGAGAUCAAAAUAUUAGAAGUGCAAAUACAGAAUGAGCAGAAAAAAAUAGAAUUGCUCAUGAUUUUUGGCACCAAAGAAGAGAAAAAAUUGAAGGAGAAGAUGGAAGCCAUAUAUCACCAUGAUAUUGAAAUUCAAAAAGCACAUAUCAAGCUCAGACAUUUGACCGGAGCAGAGCAGGACACAGCCGUUGUUGAAAAAAAGAAAAAAGCAAUUGAAGACCUGCAAAAAACUUUGAAUGAGAAAACCGAUUUACUGAAAUUACUUCAAUCCCAGAUCAACACACUGGAGCAUGACAUGAAGAAAUUAUCAACUAGCAUAGCAAGUGACGAGGCACAGUUGCAGUUUCUUAGAAAUAAAAAACAGGACCAAAUGUUACUAAUGGAGGGAGGUGUAAAGCAGUUGAAUAUUGUGAAGCUUCGCAAUGAGGAAACUCAAGUUACCGAAAAUAUUCUAAGAUUGAGGAUAUCCCAGGCCGAACAAACGAUUGCAAAUAUAGAAAACAAAGUCUAUAAUCUAGAAAAAUAUAAGCUGCAAAUACAAGCGGCUAUGCAAGAACGACGAGUGGAAAUCAAAGCCCUGACAGAAGCUUUGAACAUCAAGAAAAGGGUAGCUGCAACUGAGUCUUCGGAAUUACGUCUAUUGAUUGGCGAACGCAAAAAUCGAAUACAGCAGCUUCAAACUAGGUACGACAAUCUCAUGUCUUGUUUGGGAACAACAGAAGAUGGGACCCCUUUGACAACAACGUAUAUCAAAAUAAAAAGUGCCCAAGAGAAAUACGCCUUGCAGGAGCAGGGAGACCAAUUAGAUGAAACGAUAAGAAGAACUGAGUAUGAAAUUCAGAGUAUGGAGAACACCUUACGGAUUGUAAAUACAUCAAAUGAUAUGUAUAAAAAAAGUUUGGGGCUCGUUGAUGAGAGUGGCCCGGAGCAAUUGGAACAAAAAAAAUUGAACGAGGAAAUGUAUAGUGAGCUGGAAAGAGUCAGACGGAGCAGAGCUCAGUUGGAAGAGGUCAAAGGUGAUUUGAAGAUCAUGGAAGAUAAUUACAACCAACUGUUAGCAGACAUAGAUAAAGCGAAAGAAGAACAAGCUUGGAAGCGACGCUGCCUACAGAAUUUGGAAAAUCAGAUCACCGAUCAGCAAGAAAAGCAGCUGAGGGCUGACAAGAGCUUCCGUAAGCUCUAUAAAAGUAUUCAGAACGCGAGUCUCUGCACUGACAACAACCUGAUCUCAUUGCAAGAGAAAGACAUUGCGAUCCGUGAACUCCAGGAGCAAAAUGGCCUAGCGCUUCAGCACAUAACCGAAUUGACUGUUCGCCAUGCCGAAGCUGAACCCUAUGUCCGAAAACUAAUGUCAGAGAAGAACAUGGUAUUACCGUGCACCAACUAUUUAAAGCCAUCGCCAACUCCUAGUCGAUGUCAGAGUAGCGCAAGCUCUAUAUCAACAAAAAUGGCAACCAAGAAGACAGGGCAGGGAUACUCUACUAUUUGCCCAUCAACCCCAGAAAGCCUUGGCUCUAUCCUGAAUAUAGAAGCACACUUCAGUGACGAAAGUACACGUGGGGGGUCAAGGAAGUACACAAAGCCUACCAUACGACCUAAGAAAUCAUCAUCGUCGCGGUGCAGCACUUCAUCCUCUUCAUCAAACAGCAAGUCUAGUCUUGCGAAGCGGAAAUAAUUCAAUUAUACUAUUUCAAAAUUAUCAAUAAAAUUUUUUGUCAAACCCUA